ACUUCAAACCUCUGUGAGCCAGUUUCGAGUCCCAAACCACAUCUCUCCACUGUGACCAUGGCGUUUAUGAUUCCUGCCGUUCGGAACGAGUACGACAUCUACCUCAGCCGCAGUCCUCGGAGUUCGGGAUCGCCUCCGCCAUUUGGUUGGACUGCCAGCAGUGUCGAGGACUACCUCCGGAACCUGAGAGCCUCCCCGGCGGUCUGCCACAAUAACAACACCAUCAGCCAGAACAACAUGAACAACUCCUCGAACAGCAAGGAACAACGACCCGGAUCUGCGCCUCGGCGAAAGACCAGCAGGGAUAUGUCUCACAUCCAAGGCAAGCUGGACCACUCGGAGUUGAUGCAGAAGCUGAAGAGGUGCAACGAGAGCCAUCCUUCGUAGCGGCGCUGGUGCCACCAGCGUUUCUCAGAGUCCUCGCGACUCGUUUCUUCGGCGCCGCGAAUGCCUCUGAAAAAGGACGCGGAUUGAUGCUGAAAAGCUCGAAUGUCAACAAGGCUUUCCCGAUGGCCUGUCAUGACGUCUACGAGACUGUGUGGGAGCUGGAAUCCUGGGCCAAUUGACAGCUGUCUUGGAGCAAGUGGACUACGAUACCAUCAUUCACUUGCUUGUUCCUCAUAUGUAACCCUGCAGGAGGCGGCGCUGUCAAUGGUGACAACCCGCAAGCCUUUACUCUGUCGAACGAUCUGCAUCUGGACGACACUAUGAAAAAUUGGACCAGAAUAAAAGGCAAAUAAUGAUAUUUUUCUUU